GGACUUGACGACGCCAGAAAUUCGAGCGAACAAAAAUGUCAGCAACGAGUCGAUCCGUGAAAAAACCUCCAAAUAUUCUGGAGAAGAAAAUCCACAAGAAUCCAAAGUAUGAUCAUAUUGGCGCAACCGUUGACACGGGAGCCAGCAUUUCAAGAUAUGAACAAAAGAUCGAAGAAAUGCGGAAAAAUUACAAAUACAGGAAGGAUGAAAUUUUCAAGAGAAUGAAGGUUUCAACCUUAGCACAGCUGAUCCUUCAAGUUGCAGAAGCAGUAAGCUUGGAACAGGAAAGAAACAGUAUAUCAACAGCUGGAGGUGAAAGUGUAAUGUCCGAUGAAACUAUCACAGCUGAAGAUAAAGAGACACCAAGAGAGGGUGAAGGUAUCCCUCCCUUAAAUCUGGAAGAUGACGAGGCCAGACCAGACUCCACAGCAAGAAGUAGUGCACGCUCAACUCUACAAAGUCUCAUACAUGGUGUUGGAGAAGUUGACAUACGAGACAAGGAUGAAAAAGAAGACAACAGCUUUGAUGAAGAACAGUUAUCAGUUCCUGAAGUUGAAUCUCUGCCUUAUCUUUUGCUGGAUGUUAGAGAUGAAGAUGCCUAUAAGCAAUGUCAUAUCAUAGGAGAAGAAAUUCUUACAUUUAAAAAUAAGCUGGGAAAGAUAAUAAUACUGUACGAUGAAGAUGAAAGAUUAGCUCCCGCAGCAGCAACGACUUUUGUACAGAGAGAGGUUGACAACGUUUUCAUGUUGUCAGGAGGUCUCAAAGUGUUGUAUAAGAAGUUUCCUGAAGGCUUAGUCGCUGGUCAAGUACCACAGUCCUGCUGGCCCACCCCUCCACCUUCACGAAAGUCAUCCGGGAAAGCGACUAGCGCGACUAGACCCAGUCCAUGCGCUUCUGCUGACCAGAAAUGGUUUUAUCCGGAGGAUCUGGUGAAACUCCAAGAUAAACUGGAUGAUGAACUUUUGAGUCAAGACAAGAGCAGCCGUCAAAAUUCUCGUUUGUCCAGUCGAUCAGCAGCGUCAUCGGCAAGCAGAGCGUCAACUGCCGCCAGCUCUGCCACCAGUCGCAGCUCGAAACCUGUCUGGAAAUAAUCCAGUAGAUUUCAAGACAUUUCUCUUUUCAGGACCGCUCAUCCAAGGAAGCGCGUGAAGGCUUGGAAGAAGCCUCAAUUUGCGAAGGGCCAUGUUAACCAGCCUCCAUAGAAGGCCACGUGGUAAAAAAGUUUGCAGAGGUAUUGCGUGGUUUUGACGAUGAAAUGGAUAUUUUGGACAAAGAUCAAUGGACGAAGAGAGCCGUUAAAGAAUUCUCUAGACUGCAGCAUACGUUGGGAAGAAGCUUUACUUGCUUUAGUUUGUCACUCAUUUCACAAUCGGGCACUGGUGCUCAAUAUACUCAAUAUGUCCUUAACUUUAUGUUCUCUCCAACCAUUUUAAUAAUAGAUAUUCUGUUAUGAAUGGGAAAGUUUUCCCAUGUUUCAUGGCUAUAAUAACUAGAUACCGGACGAAUUCGGGAAAACAGGGGAACGUCGGUUGCAGGCGUCUGAGACGUACCACGGUGUGAUCGCAAAACAAACAAACAAACAAACAAACGAACAAAAUCGCUAGCAAAACGAAACUAUCUUGGCUUGGCGUGGUCUACUUCGUCUUCUCUCGGUUCGUUCUACCCGUGAGCUUGGAAACCUGGGUCGAAUUCAUGUAGUCGAGGCUAUUAGUGGAGUACUUGUGAUAAACAUUUUGAAACAUCAAAUAUCCUCUUUUAGACUAUUAAUUUUCAAAUAGUCCUAAAAGAAAAAAACAUUUCCGCAGGAAAAAAAAUUGGAAAGCUAAUGAAAUAAGAAAGUUAAACCCCUAAAGUGACUUUGGAAGGUUUUUAAGUUGUUUUUCAAGAGAGGUCUGCAGAUAAGCCUCGAAUUCACGUGCUCGACCCAGUUUUCCUGUUUUGUAUCCUAAGCAUUGGUUAUUGUUGUGAACUCCACCUUGUCGCUCCUUCUAACGGGAGUCAAAGUAAACUGCAUUAUAUUUUUUGUCCUGGACGAUAAUCUUUUUUCAUAUUUGACGCAAUGAGAACGAUUGGAUUAAAAAAGAUAUCCCUCGUGCCCAUUCAUAAUUUUAAGUGUUUAUUGGCUCAGUGAAGAGUAUGAGUCAUAAGAUUUUGAGUGGAAUGGUAGUCGCUGAUUACCGCUGAAUGAGUCUCUUCACACGACAUGUACUUGGAAUAGCACUCUGUAAAUAAAAUGAGAGACUUGAGUUAAAAACA